AUGAUCAUAAGGUUACUCCUCUACCUCCUUCCAAUGAAUUUCAUCUCAGCAUCGCUAGAUGACCGAGAUUGUGCCAUACGAGUUGAUAUUCUGGAUGGAGCUGAUCUAGUAGAAGGAGUAGCGACAUUUCUAACCGAAAAAACCAUAGCCGCCUCAGCAAUGCGUUGUGCAAUGGAAUGUUACAGGAAGAAAUGUGACGUGGCCUACUUCCAUCGUGCUACUCACGAAUGCCGUUAUACACCGGAGUCCGCUUCGACGACCAUCAAGCUUCCCUGCAACGAUGUGAUCGCCGUGGAACAUAAGGAGGGUGUAGAUGUUUUAGAUAAAGUAAAACGAUUCUGCAUGCGAUGCAAAGGAUUCAAGGUUUCCGGAAGUCAAAAACAUUUUAGUGACGAUAAUUCACUAGAGCAAGUCCACCUCAACACCAUAGAAACGAAACCGAUUCCUAUGCGAAUUGUACGUCCAGCGACACCACGAGUUCGGCUAUUUUUGCCUCCGCCCUUAGCAGUGGCUAUUCCGCCAAGGCCGAAAACAACCGUUCCACAAUCAAUCGAUCGGAAUCAGAAUAAAAGAGUGAAAACCCCACCAACACGAAUAUUCACACCACCACCGGGACCAUAUCGACGUAAAUUAUACAAUUCAAUUGAGCUUCAGCGUAUCGAUACAGUAGAGAAACGCCCCACAGAUUUGCGCCCACUCGUACGGUUUCCCACUGCAACGACACUGCGGCCAAUUCGGAUCAGACCUCGUCUUCCCAGGCCUCGACCUCGAAAAGUUGACGGAUACAGCUUCCGGAAAGAAUUGUACAAGAUAGCAUUGUUACCGUCUCAUCCUCAACGAACAAGAUUCUUCAAGGGAGCUUCUACAGACACACAACUUCGAUUUUCGAGAAAGAAGAAGAGAGGAUGGGGAAGAGCAUGA